CCGGCCCCCCGCGGGCCCCUGCCCGCCCGCAUCGGCUACUACGAGAUCGACCGCACCAUCGGCAAGGGAAACUUCGCCGUGGUCAAGCGCGCCACGCACCUCGUCACCAAGGCCAAGGUUGCUAUAAAGAUUAUAGACAAGACCCAGCUGGACGAGGAAAACCUGAAGAAGAUUUUUCGAGAAGUUCAGAUCAUGAAGAUGCUCUGCCACCCACACAUCAUUCGGCUCCACCAGGUCAUGGAGACAGAGCGGAUGAUUUAUCUGGUGACCGAGUACGCGAGCGGAGGGGAAAUAUUUGAUCACCUGGUGGCCCACGGCCGAAUGGCCGAGAAGGAGGCGCGCAGGAAAUUCAAACAGAUCGUGGCCGCCGUCCACUUCUGCCACUGUCGGAAUAUCGUCCACCGGGACCUGAAAGCGGAGAAUCUGCUUCUGGACGCCAACCUAAACAUCAAAAUAGCAGAUUUCGGGUUCAGCAACAUCUUCACGCCGGGGCAGCUGCUGAAGACCUGGUGUGGGAGUCCCCCGUAUGCGGCCCCGGAGCUGUUUGAAGGGAAGGAAUAUGACGGGCCCAAGGUGGACAUCUGGAGCCUGGGCGUGGUCCUGUACGUGCUUGUGUGCGGGGCGCUGCCGUUUGACGGAAGCACGCUGCAGAACCUGCGGGCCCGCGUGCUCAGCGGCAAGUUCCGGAUCCCGUUCUUCAUGUCCACAGAGUGUGAGCACUUGAUCCGCCACAUGCUGGUCCUGGAUCCCAGCAAGCGCCUGUCGCUGGAGCAGAUCAGCAAACACAAGUGGAUGAAGCUCGGGGAGCCCGAUCCCAAUUUCGACAGGCUCAUCGCAGAAUGUCAGCACCUGAAGGUGGGGAGACAGCUGGAGCCCCCGAACGACGAUGUGCUCUUGGCCAUGGCGGACAUGGGGCUGGACAAGGAGCGGACGUUACAGUCCCUGAGGGCAGACGCCUAUGACCACUACAGUGCAAUCUACAGCCUCCUGUGCGACCGCCUAAAGAGACACAAGAACCUGCGUGUCGGAGGUGCCCCCGGCACGCCCAGGACCAUCGCCUUCCCUGCGUCCACUAACAUCCAGACGGAGCCGACGGGCAACGCCGUGAACCUCAGCGUUCCCCAGGUGCAGCUUAUCAACCCCGAGAACCAGAUCGUAGAGACGGACGGGACGAUGAAUCUGGACAGUGACGAAGGGGAGGAGCCGUCCCCAGAAGCCCUGGUCCGGUACCUGUCCAUGAGGAGACAUACUGUGGGCGUGGCCGACCCCCGCACGGAGGUCAUGGAGGACCUGCACAAGGUCUUGCCUGGGUUCCCACGGAUCGCCCCGCAGGCCCCGUUUCUCCAGGUGACACCCAACAUGAAUGUCCUGCACAGCCUGCUACCCGCCCAGAACCUGCAGCCCGCCGGCCAGCUGGAAUACAAGGAGCAGACCCUCCUGCAGCCACCCACCCUGCAGCUGCUGAACGGGAUGGGCCCCCUCGGACGGCGGGCCUCGGACGGCGGAGCCAACAUCCAGCUGCACGCCCAGCAGCUGCUCAAGCGCCCCCGGGGGCCGUCCCCCCUCGUCACCAUGACGCCAGCAGUGCCGGCCGUGACCCCUGUGGAUGAGGAGAGCUCCGACGGAGAGCCGGAUCAGGAAGCCGUGCAGAGGUACUUGGCAAAUAGGUCCAAAAGGCACACACUGGCCAUGACCAACCCGGCCACAGAGAUUCCUCCGGACCUGCAGUGGCAGCUCGGACAGCAGCCCUACCGUUCCCGCGUCUGGCCUCCCCACCUGGUCCCCGAUCAGCACCGCUCCAUCUACAAGGACUCCAACACCCUGCACCUCCCCGCUGAGCGCUUCUCCCCCGUGCGCCGCUUCUCUGACGGGGCUGCCAGCAUCCAGGCCUUCAAAGCUCACCUGGAGAAGAUGGCCACCAACAGCAGCAUCAAGCAGCUGCAGCAGGAGUGUGAGCAGCUGCAGAAGAUAUACGGGUGCCAGAUUGACGAGCGAGUCCUGGAGAAGACGCAGCAGCAGCACAUGCUGUACCAGCAGGAGCAGCAUCACCAGAUCCUCCAGCAACAGAUCCAGGAUUGUAUCUGCCCUCCUCAGCCUUCUCCACCGCUCCAGGCUGCCUGUGAGAACCAGCCGGCCCUCCUCACUCACCAGCUCCAGAGGUUACGGAUUCAGCCCUCCAGCCCCCCGCCCAGUCACCCUAGUAACCACCUCUUCAGACAGCCCAGCGACAGCCCUCCUCCGGUCAGCAGCGCCCUGCUGCAGUCCCAUGGUGCCGCCCCAUCCUCCCAGUUCCAGGGCCUGCCUUCUCGCAGUGCCAUCUUCCAGCAGGCCGGAAGCUGCUCCCCUCCCCCCAGCCUGGCGCUGAGCUGCGUGGCCCAGCAGGUGACCAUCCAGGUCCAGGAGCCAGCCGACAUGCUCGGCGGCCUGCCGGGGGCGGCGGGGGGCGGCCUGCCGGGGGCGGCGGUGGGCGGCCGGGGCACUGCCACCAGCCCCUGUGCCAGCCAGAUCCAGAUGCAGCAGCGCGCCAGCCUAGUGGCCUCGCUGCAGUAUGGGCACCGCCCGCUGUCCAAGCAGCUGAGCGCCGACAGCGCCGAGGCCCACAGCCUGAGCGGGAGCCGCUUCCCCCCGGCCAACUAUGACCAAGCGCACCUCCACCCCAACCUGUUCCCGGACCCGGCCCGGAGCUCCCCGGGUGGCUACGGCCCGUCGGCCGGCGUGGCGUUUCCGGCCGGCCCGGCCCUCGACCAGUUCCCGCCCUUCCCCGCCAGCGCCCAGCAGCAGCCGCAGCCGGCCCCGCACCACCACCACCACCACCACCACCACCACUACCCGCCUUCCGCCCUGCAACAGGCCCUCCUGUCCCCGACGCCGCCUGACUACUCGAGACACCAGCACGUGCCCCACAUCCUCCAAGGACUUCUCUCCCCCCGGCACUCACUCACGGGCCACUCGGACGCCCGGCUGCCCCCCGCCGAGUUUGCGCAGCUCAUGAAGCGGCAGCAGCAGCAGCAGCGGCAGCAGCAGCAGCAGCGGCAGCAGCAGCGGCAGCAGCAGCAGCAGCAGCAGGAGCUGCAGGAGCUGAUGAGGCACAUGAGCCAGGGGGACGCUGGGACCCUGAGCCCGAGCCUCACGGGGCAGAGUAUGGCCGAGCGCCAGGGAUUGUCUUUGCCUUAUCAGAAUGCGGACUACUCCCCAGCACACGCCCACGGCCAGGCCGCCAGCCCCCAGCACCUCCUCCAGAUCCGAGCCGCGGACUGCCUCCCCCCGGGCCCCUCGCCCUGUCCCAGCCCAGGGUUCGGGCGCCAGGUGCCGCUGAUGCCCUCAGAAAGCAUGGAGGACUGCUCGUGCGAGGGGGUCGGAGGCAGCUUCCCGGACAGAAAGGAUGCCGGCCCCGCGGCCAAGGGCCGCCCCGAUGGGCCCCUGCUCUUGAGCGCGGGCCGGCCGGUGGGCGCCGAGUCUCUGUUGGGGCCCGGCGGCGCGGCGCAGGACCUGGGGCCACGUCACUUCCACCAGCAGCCCGCCAUUGCGUUUGGGAGGAGUAAGGUGCCCAGCAGAGAGUCCAUCGUGGGCAACUGCUUGGACAGAAACUCUCCCAGCCCAGCGAUGGAGCUGCCUGAUGUCAACGGGUCAGGGUACCCGACGCUCCCAGCCGCCAGCCACCACCACAGGCCGCGAACCCUCCAGAGACACCACACUAUCCAAAGCGGUGGCGAUGCCUACGUGCAGCUGGACGCCGUCCCCGGGAUGAGUCUGAUGGCCGGGAAGGUCUUGAGCUCGGCACGGAUGGCCGAUGCCAUGUUCGGUCCGGGGUCACUCAUGGGCAGCCAGCAGCAGCGUGAGGGCGAGGACCGUGGGAAGAGUGUGGAAGGUCAAGAGGCCUCGGACCCAGCCGGCGGCAGCAGCGGCAACCAGCAUUUAAACUCUUCUUGUUGUCAAUCUACAUGUGUUCCAGACAUCCUGCUGGGCUACAAGCAUCCCGAGGUGUCCUUCAGCAUGGAGCCGGCCGGGGUGUAACGGGAAGCUGGGGUGUGUCCUCCUGGGGAUGGAAAGACCCGUUUCAAACCAACAGAGUCGAGCAGCAGCAGCACGCCAAAUCACCAUUGCAUCCCUCCCCCAACUCCCCCGACGGCACCCCUACCCCCGGGAUGGGCUCUGUCCGAACCAGCUCAUGGCCCAGGAAAUAAACCGGAAACCCAAGGCCUCCACUUCCCAUGAAAGCAAACCCGAGUUUGGCUUUUUCUCUAGGAGGCUGCUCUCCUAGCUGCCCCGGGUGACCUAAGAAGCGAGGGGGUUACCGGACGCCGGGGCCCUCGGAGCAGGAGGUACCCGGGGGAAGGGGCCGGACGCCCCUAGCAGCUAAGAAGCCAGGCAUCCGGUGCCCCUGAGCCCUCCCCAACCCCUGCCGGGAAGCCAGUCCUCCCCCUAGGCCUGCGGAGAGGACCUGUGGCGGGGCUGGGCUGCCUCGGAGUGGCGGGAGGGGACCCUACCUCCCCUCCACCCACAACACCGACCCCCCGACCCCUCCUCCGCUUGGCUUUGCUCCCCUCCGGCCCCACCAGAGUCCGCAAAGCAGUCCACCCCCGACCCUUCUACCCCCUUGCCGGCCCGCCUCUCCCUCUCUCCCACCCUCCCCGUGGCUCCUCCCAAUGGACGAUUGGAACACGUAUAUACAGAUGGUGCAGUAUGAAUUCUGGGUCUCCCCCUUCCUAUCCCUCCCGUAGCGUGCAAAAUGAUCGCUCCUUCUCAGGCUCGGCCUUUUCCUUUCCGACCGCCCCCAGCAGCCUCCCCUCCCCAGCCGGAACAGGGAGGACCUCUGGCCCGAGCGCCUCCUCUCCGUCUCUCCACCUCCCCAUCCCGGUUUCCUUCCCGAUCAUGUAGGAAUUGUUUUGGGGAACUGAUGUUGUUGUUGUUGAUGUCGUUGUUGUUGUUAUUAUUAUUAUUAUUAUUGUUAUUAUUAUUGUAUUAUUAUUAAUAAAGAAAAAAGGAAUUUCUGUUUUACGAAGAGGAAUGUUUAACCAGAUCCUCCUCUGUUUGGAUUGUGAACUUGCACCUUUGGUUCAAAGUGUUUUAUUUCUUUUGGACGACCUUGUAACCGUGAGGCCCCGCCCCGGGCUGUGCCAGCUGUGACCAUGUCCUGUCCCGGUCCUAAGCCAGCGGAGCACGGACAGCUGCUGUUAUUUGCGUCGCUUCCCUCUCCAUUUCUUCCCCGUUUGAAACCAAAGUCUUCUCCAUGCUGGGUCCGGGGACCAGGGACCGGGGGGCCGGGGGCAUCGCCUUUUGGACUUGGAAAAGCAAGAAGCAACCAUUCCCACCCUCCGUUUGUGAGGAGAGGGGAGGGCCCCCCCUCAACUCCCCGCCCUGAGACCCAGCCCUGAAUUUGCACAGAAGAAAGUGUGAGACCAGGACACUGCCCCCCUCCCCCAGAAAAAAUUCCGCCUUCGGUCGGGGAAAAACCAACCACCGGGCCUUGGUGGGAGCCUCCCAGGAGUCGGGGUGGGAGUAUCUACAGCAUCGGGACUCCCGGCUUCAUUCCCAAGAUCUGGCCCCUCGCCCAGCCCUCCCUCUCCCCCUCUGCUCUCUUUGCCCGUGCAGAUGUUUUCUCUGCCCACCCCAGGGAGGCACCGGGCCAACUCCGGAAGCCUCCGUGGGCUAUUCCACAACACCCCCUUCCACCCUCCCCAGAAUUCCCACACACACACUUUGUUUACAUGAUGCCGUAUUGAUGGGAGACCGGACCGCCCCCCUCCAGGACCCCCGGACGGACACCAGGGAGUCUAGACUGUGCCAUCCUGCGUCCCGCGCUGUUUAUCAUGGCUUUGUAUUGUAGUAACCGAUCCCCGCAGUAUAUGUUGGAUGUAUAUUCAGAUACUUGGCUAUUAUUUCUGGUUUUUGGAAAUGUCAGACGUAUCUUUUCCUUUCUCAUCGAUGUUGGACUAAGAAAGGCGGAAAAAAGGACAGAGAAAGAAAGGCACCAGCAGACGCCCUGCGGAGAUUUCUCGUCUGUAUUUUUCCCUGGGGCGCUUCCAGCCAGUCACUGAGUUAGCAGUGGGGUCAGAAGAAAUAAAGACCUGUGACUGACUACGA